GAAAGAGUCGUAGAAAAAUGAAAAUUUUUGUGUGUUGAAAAUUUGGUAGCGCGAUAGGUUGACAGAUUUUUAGUUUUUAAUAUCUCAAAUCGUGUCCGCAAGUACCUUGAAAAUUGCGUUGCGAAAAAGUGAAUGAGUAUGAAUCAGCACCGACGAGGCAAUUGGGAGAACACGAGAAACCUGAGCAGUAGUUAAUAUUCACAGAUACAACAUAUCUGAUAAAAGAGUGUAGCGACGACGACGAAGGCGUAAAAUCAAAUCGAAGCAACCAAAGAGGGUGGACGCACAAAGGACAAAAGUUAUAAGACGUUCCAGACAGAGAGAAGUGACUAAUUUGUGUUUUUUUGUUAUUGACGAUAAGCUGAAUUACAGUGCUUGAACGCACAUCAUAAUAGAUACCUGUUCUGGAACAUUUUACAACUCUUGUAACCUCUCUAUCCAGCCCACCAUUACCCAAUGUAUUGAGCUAGAAUCGAAAUCUCUUUCGCCUCUUCAUAAAUCUGUCACCCUCGGACACGAUCUUGGGACCCGCUGUAUAGAUAGCCAUACGAUAGCCACUCAUUCAUUUGGUUAAAACAAAAAAAAAAAAGAUUUCGGACGGAAAAGGCCAAAAUUUGAUCAUCCCAUCAUUCGUAAAUCCAUGCCUUGAUCCAGUAUUUGCACCCAUACUGACGAAAAUCCUAGAACCGCUAGAACUGCAACCAGCCCUAACCGAUAUCUCCCUGCUGUUGCUGCUACUGCUACUGUUCUGACUUUAUCUGACGUUGUUGGAUGUUGUGAUGUUUUCGAACGGGCUUCCCUGCAAUCUGCCCUUCCCCAGCUGUCUCGGGGUGCCAAAGGAUAGUGGAAGCGACGAACUGCUACCGACAGCGAUGGGAAGCCGCGAACCAGUCAUACUCAACGUAUACGAUAUGUACUGGAUCAACGAAUAUACAACUUCUAUUGGACUUGGUGUGUUCCAUUCGGGGGUUGAGGUCUUUGGAACGGAAUUUGCCUACGGAGGACAUCCUUUCCCAUUUACAGGAGUGUUUGAGAUAUCACCACGGGAUCACGAUGAGCUGGGCGAGCAAUUUCGGUUUCGACAAAGCAUUCAGAUUGGUUGUACUGAUUUCACCGAAGAGGAAGUUCGACGGAUAGUGGAAGAACUGGGGAACCAAUUCCGGGGCGACCGGUACCACUUAAUGAACAACAAUUGUAACCAUUUCUCCGGCUCGCUGACACAAAUUCUCUGCGGACAGGAAAUCCCUAGCUGGGUAAACCGGUUGGCACACUUUAGUUCGUGUGUACCCUUUCUUCAGCGUUGUUUGCCGAAAGAAUGGCUGACACCCAAUGCCUUACAACAGACGAUAACCGUUAGACAGGAUCGUGACUCGGAUUCCAGUCCAUUCUGAGAGUAGCUUAUGGACACUAGUAAUAGCGUAGCAGAUGAUGACAACCAGUGCGGUAUUUCCACCGUCGGAGCGGCAAUCGACAAAAGAAACCUUCCAUCGUCUAGUGGCAAAUAGAAAAAAAAAUCUGCGCGACUUCCUAAAAAGGUAACUCUCUGAAAGUUUGCCAUAAAUCCUAUGCUGUAUGUUGGUUGAUUUUCUCAUGAUUAUAGAAACUCAUUUUAGAAGGGGUUUGCAACUACUCGAAGAGCGUUUGCAUUCUGGUGUUUGUUUUCAUUUAUUUGUGUUUAAAAAUUCUCGCUUUCAAUAAACCAAAUGAAUGAUGUGAGUUAUUUAUUUUGAUUAGUUACAGUUUAGGUUACAAUUAAUCAAAAUAUUUGCGACACAUUUGAGUUUCUGCCACUUGAUAUUGAUAAAACUAAAGUUGUACUCAGAAAAGUAAGCAAAUAUACAUAUAGAUGUAAAAUAACCUUCGACAAGCAGACGAGAUAAAACUAUUUGUUUCAAACUAAAAUAAUGAUAAACAAACGAUUGACAAAAACAUAAGUAACGUGAGCAAGUAAAAUGUGUAAUAAAUAGGUAUAUAAUCGAAGUUUGGAGAAAGUCUAUCUUAAACCAGGAAGGAAGAGGAAGCAGUCCAGCGAACAGAGGUUUAAAAUAAUACUGUUUUAACGGCAACUAAAACUAUAACCGAUUGUGUAGUGGGUUAGUCAAUCGGGACGGUCCCCAAUGUCUGAUAUUAAAAAAAAAUGCUAAACUAAAAGAAAAGGUAUUAAGCACACAGAGUUUAUUUGACAGCCAGCAUAGUUUGAGUAUGCAGCAGCAAGUGUAGUCGAAGGAAGAAAGUGACCACGAAAAACAAAAUUAUUUGUACAGAUGCUCCUUUCAUUAUUACAAACGGAAAUAAUAAAAAUAUGUUAAGAGUCUGUAGGCUAGGGAAAAUUAUCGUAACGUUGGCCAUAAUGGAUGGAAUCCUGUAAGCAGUUUAUGGGAUGCUUUCAUUGUGUUUGAAUUUUACACUGAUUACCCUUUUCGAACUAACAACUAGCUGUAAUGAUAUCAAAUAAACGAAAAGUAUUUAUAGAGUGAACGGCGCAAUUGAGCAGAGGCGCAAGUUUUAAGCGGAAUCUAUGUAGAAAAAUUAUAGAGGAGGUUAUAUCGUCUGAGCCUGUGGCGAAUAUUUAAUGCAGGUCUCUCUCAUGUGACAUAUAGUUGUGUGAUACAAAGGAUGGUAGUUUUUCUUUCCGAUCAAAGAUAUCAAGGAACUGUUAUGCUAAAGGAUAUUCACUCUGCGUAAUUUUACGCCAAUUAACGACCUUAUGUCAAUAGAGACAGACCAUUUUUACACAUAGGCAGAAAUAGUUCCUUUUCCAGACAUUUUAUAGUUUUACCGUAUACUGACUUGCCACACUUUAUGUCGAAUUACAACAAAUAUCGUUAACAAAAAAAAAUUUCUAUCAGUAUAGAAAAGCCGCAUUACAAUAUUCAAUUUUAAAUUUUAUUUUUUUUCAAGCAGCGAAUCAUUGGUAUGAUACGAUAGAACGGCGACAAAGUCAGACCCCUAGUAUUAACAAGACUAAAUACUAAAAAAAAGUUCAAACUGAAAUGCUAAUGAAAUCUCUUGAAAAGCAAAACAGGUUCUCCUUUUGUAUAAAGUAAAUCUAUAUUUCCAACCAACUAAAAGAACAAUGCCAUUUUUCUCCUACUUCUGUUUUUAUAACUGAACACAC